UAACGUUAUCUCAGGCCGUCAUGACGUCAUCUUAAAACUGCUUGGCUCUUUACCAAAUAAAGAGCGAGAAUCCACUUCGAAAUAUAUAGAAUUUUUUUGGAGAUCCGACGGGCAGGAUCGAGCAUCCGGUUACGCGUCCUGAACUUGUGAAGGACCGCCUUUGAGGUGCUUUAUUUGGAUUUUUUUUUUAUUUUUAUCUUCUUCGUAUCAGCGCCCGCCAAGGCUCUCCCAAACGUGAACCGGCAAGCCCCCCUCCCCUUAAUUUCUUUCGGUUCUCUCUCUUCCGCAUCGCCUCGCUUCUCCUUCCCAUCUCUUCUGCUCCGAUUGAAACCCUAAUGCUUCUCUUCUCUCUCCGCCGGCGUCCGCUGAAACCGAGCAUCGGGCGGUCGUUUUUUCUGGCGUUCUUUCGCUUCCCGUCCUGGUGAAACCCCGAUCCUUCCGACAUUGGCAUCGUCGCUUCGCCGAGAUUCUUGUUCUCAGCGGCGUACUGAAGAAGAAAGAAAAAUUCUUAAGAUCCUGAGAAGAUCUUGAAAAGGCAGGGAAAAAGGAGGACCUGAAGGUAGUGCUGCCGUCUUUCUUUAAAGAGGUUAUAUGGGUCCUACAAAAAAAUCUCGAGUUGUGAACAAGUGCUCAUCUGAAGCUAAUAAGGAGUGGCCUGAUAAUGAUGGGACCAGCACAAACAACAGGAAAAUAAGAAAGAGGAAAUUGUCAGAUGUGUUAGGUUCUCGAUGGAGCAAGGAAGAUUUGGAACACUUUUAUGAAGCAUAUUGCAGAUAUGGAAAAGAUUGGAAGAAAGUGGCUGCAGUGGUACGUAACAGAUCCAUUGAUAUGGUGGAGGCCCUUUAUAAUAUGAAUAGGGAAUACCUAUCUCUUCCAGAAGGCACAGCUACUGCAGCUGGAUUAGUUGCAAGGAUGACUGACCAUUACAACAUUCUGGAUGGAAGUGAGAGGGACCGAGAAAGCAAUCAAGUGUUGAAAGCAUCUCACAAGCCUCAGAAACGUGGCCGUGGGAAACCUCAACUUGACAUGCCAAAAGGAUAUGAAGGGCCUCAUCCUGAUUAUUUGCAAAAGCAGUCAGCUGUGUCAAGUUCCGGGCACCAGCCUUUAUUGAAAAACCAUUUUGGAGAUUUGUUUGGUGGCAAUCGGCUUCGUGCUGUUGGAAAGAGGACUCCUCGCAUCCCUGUUCCACUUUGGCAUGACAAUAAUGAAAGAAAUAAUACUAUUUCACCACAAAGGCGUGAUUUGAAUUUUAGGGUAGAUGCUGCUGCUGAUGAAGGUGUACAUGGGACAGCUUUAGCUUUAGCAGAAGCUUCUCAGAGAGGAAAGCCAUCACAGAUUGCUGAGACAUGUGACAACAAAGCAGAAUGUGUCAGAUCCUCUCCCAUGUGGAGUGGUAAAACGGGGCACGCUGAACCAGGUAUGACCAGUCUUGAUUACAAUAGUGUUGGAAUUGAUGGUGACUCUGUGCAAGGUAAUUUGGAAAGCAUAGAGGCAGAUAAUGGGGGAUUCACUAGUGAUGCUAGACUAUCAAAUAUUGAAGGUAAUGGUGCAAGUAAAAUUCAAAGGAAAGUGAAGAAGUUGCAAGAAAAGAAGUCAAAAGGUCCAGGCAUCCAGAUCUACCAAUUUGAUGAUGCAAGGGAGGCUUGUAGUGGUGCUGAAGAAGGCCAUGAUGUCAGACAUGGUAAACAUGAAAUUGACGCAGAAGUUAGAGACCGAAAAACUGCCAUAGGUUUGCAGGGUUCAAGUCACGAAUUCUUGUCUCCAGAUGAAAGCUGUGCCCUAGAUGCUCUACAGGCUUUGGCAGAUUUGCCUGUGAAGAUUCUGUUGCCAGACUCUGCUUCGAAAUCUGGGUCAUCUGAACAUGCUAAUGAGCAAAAUAGAAGUGUUGAUUCAGCCUUCACAUCUAACAUGCCUGGAUCAAUGUCAGCAAAGCAAGAAAGUGAUAAAUCCAGAAUCUCUGUCAUAAAGGAUGCAUAUUCUUCGGAUGUUGGGGUUCAUGUUGUUCGCCAAAAAAGUGUACAUAAGAAUCUCUCGCCUGGUGGAAAUUCAAUCUUUGAAGCAACGAAGGCAGACCACCCAUCCAUCAGUAAGAUGUUGAAAAGAAAACGGAAGCGCCCGGCAGAAAUGGUCUCAGUUGAAGAAGGGAAAACCUCCUCUGGUGGCCAACUUGUUCCACUGGCAAAACAACAGUCACCUGGUUGCUCAUAUUUAAGUAUUGAUCUGGGUAGAGGAGAGACAAGUUUAACUGAAUCAACUCCACAAGUUUCGGCUGCAAACCAUCCUAGUAUGCCAACCAGUGCUAGGAACAAGCGUAAAAUUAGUUUGCAGAAAGCAAUGGCUCAGAGGAAGUACAGAUUUUCUGAUGGAGUCGGAGAUCAAGGCCUUAGUGGAUGCUCACAUUUUGCCAAUAGCAAGGCUGCUGAUCUAAAGGGAAAAAUUUCUCACUGCCUAUCUUUGCAAUUCCUACGUAGAUGGUGUGCAUUUGAGUGGUUCUACAGUGCACUUGAUUAUCCAUGGUUUUCUAGAAGUGAGUAUAUGGAGUACUUAAAUUAUGUAGGAUUGGGCCACGUACCCAGAUUAACUCGUUGUGAGCGGAGCAUUGUACGAAGUUCUCUUGGCAAGCCACGUCGAUUAUCUGAACGGUUUUUGUUGGAAGAAAGGGAGAAACUAAACCAGUAUCGUGAAUCAGUGAGGACUUAUUAUGAUGAAUUGCGUGCUGGUGUGAGGGAGGGGCUUCCAGCCGAUUUAGCUCGACCUUUGUCAGUUGGUCAGCGUGUUAUUGCCCGUCAUCCAAGAAAAGGUGAAAUUCAUGAUGGAAGUAUACUGACAGUUGAUCGAGACCGGUGCAGGGUUCAAUUUGACAGGCCUGAUCUAGGGGUUGAGUUUGUGAUGGAUAUUGACUGUAUGCCUCUAAAUCCAUGGGAGAAUAUGCCUGAAGAUCUUAGAAAACAGAAUGGUGUCAAUUACCAUUUAUGCAACAACUUUACUGGUAAAAAGCCUGAUGGUCAUAUAAUGGAACUGAAAAUGGAUAGUUCUGCAAAGUUUUCUCCAAAAAAGAGUUUGGUGAUUGCAGAUGGGACUUCUAUUAUGGCCUCGACCAAAUAUCCAUGCAUUGCAUUGAAUGAGCAGGCUAAGGGGGAUAUGAAAGAUGCCAAUGCACUGGGCAAAUAUUCUGCAAGUGAAGUUGCUAUUGUUGCGCAACAUAUGAUCUGUGAUCAACCUUGUACAUCGGCACAGAUCCAAGAAAGGGAAGCUGAUAUUAGAGCCCUUGCGGAGCUGAAUUGUGCUUUGAAGAAAAAGGAAGCAUUGCUGAUGGAACUAAGGGAAAUGAAUGAGGAAGUAGCUGGAAAGAAAAACGAUGGAGAUUCAGAAAGGGACUUGGGACACUUCAGAAAGCAGUAUGCCAUGGUACUCUUACAGCUACAAGAAGCCAGGGACCAGGUCGGUUCUGCCCUGCUUGUUUUAAGGCAACGUAACACUUUCCAUGGAAUCUCUGCAUCUCCAUUGCAUAGGUCAAUGGAAAAUUCAGGACUUGCUGGAUGUUCUGGCUCUUUCAAUACCUAUGACCUUUACAAUCAUGAUACCGGAUCUCACGUAGUAGAAAUUGUGGAAAAUUCAAUGUCUCAGGCAAGGAAAAUGGUUGAUGUAACUGUGCAGGCUAUGUCGUCUCUGAGGGAUGGGGAAGAUGCUCUCACCUGCAUCGGAGAGGCUAUAGAAUCUAAAAAUAAUCAGUGUUUUGGAACUGAAUCUAGCAAAUCGAGGAUAAGAUAUAUUCCUCAUCCAGGAAAUUUCAAUAAUCAGAAUCAAGCAGUUUCAUGUAUAUUACAGCCAGCAACAACUCAUGCACUCAGUCCACGAGUACAAUUUUCAUAUGCAAUCCCUUCAGAGUUGAUUUCAUCCUGUGUUGCUACUUUUCUCAUGAUUCAGGAUUGUGCCGCGAGACAGUAUCCUCCUGCUGAGGUUGCACAGAUACUGGAAUAUGCAGUUACAAGUUUGCAGCCAUGCUGUUCACAAAACCUUCCAAUCUACAGAGAGAUAGAGACAUGUAUGGGCAUCAUCAAAAAUCAAAUGCUAGCGCUAAUACCAUCUUUAAGCACCACUUUUUGUCCAGAGGUUUCAGUGUAAUGCGAUAAAGAUGAAGCCAAGGGAGCCAUUUGGCAUUUUUGGAAUUAUUUUUGUUGGUCUUUUAUCAGGAAACUCUCUUACAUCCUAGUAAGUAGUGGAAAGCGUUAGUUCCUCAUGGAAGGUAUAUCACAUUGCAUGGACAAAGCCUGAUUAGGCAGUACACAUAUCACAAUUUCUGUCAAAUCAUAUGGAGUUGGAUAUCCUACAAUGUGGAAAAUGGAAGUAUGUAUUGAGAUGCAUAUUUAAGGAGCAAUAACUGUUUAGAAGCUAUGCCAAACAGUAGCCAGCUUUAUUUCUGGAUUGACUCGCAUACAAAUUGAAAAUGGGAAGGUUUUUCCUUCCCUUGAAUUUUA